GUCCUCGACACUGAAUCGGACAUUCUCGUCACUGCUGCACGCCUUACAUAACUCCACGGCAUGGCGGACAAGUUUACUACGCCUGUGAGCAAACUCAGCCGGUUGCCUACGUCCUUAUCUCGCUCGCAGACAAUGAAGCGCGAUUCCCUUGCGGCCGAGCUCGAGCGCGAUCCGCAACUAUCUACUGCAAAACGACAGCAGCGCACGCAGACGUUCGCCUCGCACCUCGCACACGCCUCACUAGAGCGGCAGCUCAUGGCCGCGCAAACGGCGCGUGCUGAGCUCGAGACGAAGCUACGUGAGAAGGACGUGGUCAUCGAUCGCCUGGAGGGCGAUCGUAGGUGGCUUGCUGGGCGAGAAACAGAAGAACGCGAGGAGAAAGAACGUGAGCGUGCCGAGCGUGCUGAAGAGAAGCGUAAAGCGGACGCCGAGCUACGCGCAUUGCGUUCUUCGCUCUCCGCCCUCCGUGAACAACAUGACGAACUAACGGAUGAACACGACUCACUCUCGCGUUCGACCGCCCAAACCCUCUCGGCGCAGAAGUCACAAAUCACUACCCUCACGCGACAAGUCUCGCUUCUUCAUGAAGAGCUCACCGAAUAUCGGCAGAUCGCAGAGGAACGUUCGCACGCGCUGGAGGCAUUGCGGAGCGAGCUUGACGAAGCGAGCGCGGCCAAUGAGAGCUUCACGCAGAAGGCAGCUGACGAGGAGACAUGGGCGGUCGUACGCGGAGAGCUGAGCCGGCAGGCGGAAUAUAUGCGCGCUCUCGAGGCGGCGAACAUGAAGAUGAACGCAGAACUUGCUGCGCUACGCGAGCGUCAUGCGAGUGUCGAGGUGCUGAAGGAGCAGAAGCGCGCGCUGGAGAGAAAGGCACAGGGUGCGGAGGAGCUCCGCGAGAAGGUCGUAAGACUUGAGGCCGAGUUGGACGCGGCGCGGCGCGAGCGAGAGACGUGGGCCUCAGACAAUGCUCAGCCCUCAACUCCCUCCAAGACACCAGUGGGCAUCACAAAAGCACUUGCUGAUCUACGUCUGAACUAUGCACGUCUCUUGGAAGAGCACGGAUCGACGACUGCGACGCUGAAGCGGCGUGAGGCUGAGAUCGCAGAUGCAGAUCAACGCAUCCAUGAGACUGAAGCUUCGGUAGAGGCUCUCCAGGCAGAUGCACGCACGCUCAAGGCUGAAGUGGCGCGUAAAGAGCGCGAGAAAGAGCUUGCAGAGAGAGAAGUCUCUUUCCUUCAGGCCAUGGUGGCUAGUUUUACGGCGGAGGAGUCCGCGCAGAAUGGCGUCGACCUCGAUGAAAUGACCUCUGAGCGUUUGGAACACCUCGAGUCCCUUGUAGCUGACUACAAGGCUACCGUGCAUGAGCUCCAGCAUGAGCUCGACGCGCUUAGCAAGGCCGGCGCUGUCAAAGGCGGGAGUGCCGCAUUGCAGCGGCUACAAGAAGAGCUCGAGGCUGAACGUGCAUCGAAGGAGCUGCUCCAAGCCGCACUGGAGAAGGCCGAGGAAAUGUCCACGGCGCACGAGGAGCAAGUCGAGAACCUCGAACAGACGCUGUUCGAGCUUCGCGGGGAGAUCGGGGCGGGGCGGCACCUCCCACCUGGGGUUCGCGUGCUGAGCUUGCGUGAAAACCCCGCGCAGCAGUGGGCAGAUAUGAGUCAAGCGGCGAUGGAUCGGCUGAAGAAGGAGAACGAAGCGCUGAUGAAGCGAUUGAAGGAGCUCGAAGAUGCGGGGUCGCGAGUGGGCGGGCAGAUGGGGGCUAGGAGCUCGACGAACGGUGGCACGGGAGAAGCUGCAGCGUUGGAAGGGAUGGUCCCGAGGGAGAGCUGGGAGGUUGCUAACAGAGAGAAGAUGCGCCUUGAGGAAGAGCUGAAACAGAGGGAGAAGAGACUAUUGAGGCUGCAGCAGAUCUUCCAGUCGAAGUCGGCCGAGUUCCGGGACGCCGUCGCUUCCAUCCUCGGCGUGAAGCUCGCUUUCUACCCGAAUGGCCAAGUGCGUGUCACGUCGCACUUCGAUCUCAACGCAGCGUUUGUCUUCCAGCCGACCGGACCCGCAGGGGGCAACGACGGUGCCGGUGGGAUGCGAAUGCAGCUCGUCGCUCAAGGUGACGGCGGACCGGAAGACUUGCCGCAGCUUAUGCGGUAUUGGGUCGAGCAAGAGCAGUGCAUACCGGGAUUCUUGGCGAGCGUGACAUUAGAAUGCUACGAGAAGCAUAAGAUAGAGAUGGAGAGAGGAAACCGGUAGGAGUACUAUCGGUGUGUCUUAUUUUGGUAUUUGUUUUCCUGUUCCUGUACAAAAGUCCCAGCUGCUGUUAUACUGAAUGCAACAUCAGGAUUUGUGCUGAUGUUGCUGACCACUUAACAGCUGCCACUUACAGUGAGCUAGUAAGGCAACUUCUGCAGCUUCAUAAAUCAAUGCUCCAUGGUGUCAUGGAAAUGGUGAAGCUAUUGCAUGUUACUCAUGAUCUUGACCCUAUACUUGCAUACCUUGUGCUAGCCUGGUAAAUAUUGGCUACCUUGCAGAUACCCUAGUAGAUAAGAAAUGAGUACUCCCAUUCAUCAACUCAGUUGUUAGCAAGUCUUUGUUGAUAUUC